AUGACUUCGAUUCUCAUCCACUAUUACCGAUAUACUGCAAUUUUCAGUUUAAUUUUGACAACAUCAACCAACUUUCUUUUAAUUAUCUUAACUUCUUGGUAUAUCAAAAGAAAGUUUGGGAUGUAUAAGUAUCUCAUAAUAAUUUUCUCAAUAUUCGGAAUAGUUUACGAUUUCUCCGGGUUCUUGAUCUCUCCAAUGGUUCAUUCUCUUGAAAAUGGAUAUUUAUAUUUCACUUUGGUUCAAUCAACGAUUAUAUCAAAAGAAAUGAUCAGAAAUUGUUUGGCGAUAUCAGGAAGUAUUCUUAUUUCUCUGGCUUCAAUGUUAGCAGUAAUGUUUAUCCAUCGUUAUUUCUCUGUUGCUAAACCUGAGCAAUUGUUUCAUUUUCAACAAAAACGUUUUGUUUUAUGGUUAGGUUAUUCGAUGUUUUUUGGAGGCAUGAAUUUUCUAACGCUGCUAUGUCUUGGAGAAAUUGAUGAUUUCACAAAAAACUACGUUCGAGAUAAUUUCAUCGAUUCCUAUGGUGUUGUUUUUGAUGAUAUUCCGGUAUUCUCAUUUUUGAUUUAUGAUACAAAACGACGGUGGAAAGAGAUCGCAUACACAUUGUUUCUAACAAUGGCAUUGGUGCUUUUAUUAAAAAUUUGUAGUUAUAUUCUUAAAAUAUUAUAUUUUCCAGCUUUUUCAAAAUGCGAUCAUUGUUUUCUGUGGCUUCAAAAUCCGUCGUCAUCUUUACAAAAAGAAUUGCAAUUAUUCUCAAUCACUUCUCAUUUUACACAAACAAUUUUUCAAAACCUUGGUUCUUCAAGUCGCCAUUCCAACUGUUUUCAUAUUCUUCCCUGUCAUAUUCAUAAUAAUGGCACCGUUCUUUGGAUACAAGCUGAAUUCAUCUUCGAUCAACUCAUUUAGCCUCUUCUUUUUGUAUCCAGCAAUUGAUUCUGUGAUUGUCAUGUAUGUUAUAUCGGACUACAAAAAAGCGUUGAAAGGUAAAGGUUUUGGAUUUUUUUGUUGGUCUUUUAGAUAAUUUUUACAGAUUUUUUCAAUGAUAUCGUUUAUUACGUCAAAUGUUAGUCUUCUGUGAAUACCAAGUACAAAAGGAAAUUAGAAAAAUGGUUGUCCGGUAUAUAAGGCCCAGAGUGAUCUCCCACACAGUUCGAAGUCUACCAAAAAUCCUUCGAUGCCUUUUUUUAAAAAUAAAAAUCAGUUCCAGUUCUUACCUUUUUCUUCUUGUUGAGUUGGAAUACAAGAAUCACAAAAAAUGACAAAUUUGAAAAUUAGUGGAAUAAAAAUUGGGAAAAGUAGGAUCAUGAUGAAAUGAUCAGGCUAGAUAGAAGAAUGACAUUUUUCAAAACUUGAAAAUCAACUUUAGAAAGGAAGAGGUGAGAACUUAAAACUAGAAAAAAAAUAAUUUUGUAUUUAAAUAAUUAAUUUUGAAGCUCUUUCGCCGCGGAAAUUUAUUAAGAAAGUGGGCGGAGUCUGUUUAUAUCCCUUUUUCGUCUCGCGUCUCUUUUGCACGCACACGUUAAAGGUCCCGUAACGUCGCAAGAUUCAGUGAUCUUAAACACUUCUCUAUGCUUUUUUAUGUUGAUUGAAGUCAAAAAAAUUUUUUUCUGAUUCACCAUGAAAAAAAGGACCAAAAGUAACACAUUAAAAAAUCAGUCUAAAAAUGUUGGGUCCACGGCCGAGAAAACCAAAUGAGAUCGAACAAACGCGCGCUGCUGAUAACCGAAAAAAUAUUUUCUUUUCGCGAAAUUUUUUCUAUUGGUUUUUGGCGUUUUUCGCAGUUAUUUCGAUAGGAAUGAAUGGAAUGAACCUGGAAAUAGAAUGGACAAGGAAAUUUAAUCGAAAAACAAAAAAAAAGUCUUGAAAAUCGAGCAAAAAUGACAGAAAACAGAGCAAACAACGUUUUUUCAGAUUUGCAACGCAGUUUUUCAAGUUUUUCUUCCUCAAACCUUGAUAUUAUCCAGAUGUACAGUGCUCAUUUUGAAGAGGAGAAAAUUCUCAACAAGAGGUUUUGAGUUUUUUGGUUGGAAAUUGUCGAUUUCACAAGGCACAGCUGGUUGAAGAAAUGUUCGAGAUCAAACACACAUUCUCAAAACGUGACGCGAAAUUCUUGUUCUGGCUCGGAUUUGAUGAAUUCUUGGUUUUAUUCGAUGGUUGAUACAUCAUUAGAACCAGAAUUUUAUGGCGAUUCUUCUGAUAUAUGACAAUCAUAGUGAAAGAAUAGAUUUUGAUGAUUUCCACUCGCUUGCGAAAAAUACGAAAAUUUCGAUAAAUUUUUCAUUGAAUUUAGCGAUUUGAGCUUGACUUUUUUCAAAAUUUGAGAAAAUAAACAUCACAAAUGCUCAAUUUCAUUCAGUUUUCUUCUUUUCCGAAAACAUGAAAUGAGUUCAACGUAUGAACGGAUCAGAAAACGAGCUAAUUUGAGACAAUUCAAAAUUUUGUAAAGAAUUAUCGGAAUAAUUCCACUGAAUCGAGUGAUAUCUCAUGGUAAAAUAUCGAAAUGACUUUUGAGUAUACUGCUCUGAGAAAUCGAGAGAAAAAAUUGAGAAACUCACGCUCAAAUCGCUAAAAUCAAUGAAAAAUUUAUCGAAAUUUUCGUAUUUUUCGCAAGCGAGUGGAAAUCAUCAAAAUCUAUUCUUUCACUAUGAUUGUCAUAUAUCAGAAGAAUCGCCAUAAAAUUCUGGUUCUAAUGAUGUAUCAACCAUUGAAUAAAACCAAAAAUUCAUCAAAUCCGAGCCAGAACAAGAAUUUCGCGUCACGUUUUGAGAAUGUGUGUUUGAUCUCGAACAUUUCUUCAACCAGCUGUGCCUUGUGAAAUCGACAAUUUCCAACCAAAAACUCAAAACCUCUUUUUGAGAAUUUUCUCCUCUUCAAAAUGAGCACUGUACAUCUGGAUAAUAUCAAGGUUUGAGGAAGAAAAACUUGAAAAACUGCGUUGCAAAUCUGAAAAAACGUUGUUUGCUCUGUUUUCUGUCAUUUUUGCUCGAUUUUCAAGACUUUUUUUUUGUUUUUCGAUUAAAUUUCCUUGUCCAUUCUAUUUCCAGGUUCAUUCCAUUCAUUCCUAUCGAAAUAACUGCGAAAAACGCCAAAAACCAAUAGAAAAAAUUUCGCGAAAAAGAAAAUAUUUUUUCGGUUAUCAGCAGCGCGCGUUUGUUCGAUCUCAUUUGGUUUUCUCAACAUUUUUAGACUGAUUUUUUAAUGUGUUACUUUUGGUCCUUUUUUUUCAUGGUGAAUCAGAAAAAAUUUUUUUCGACUUCAAUCAACAUAAAAAAGCAUAGAGAAGUGUUUAAGAUCACUGAAUCUUGCGACGUUACGGGACCUUUAAUUUUAGUCUCUCGUACGCUGGAAAAAACAAUGCGAUUUUCCAAUUAGAAAUGAAGAAGUACAGAAAACUUUGUCUGAUUGGUCCAUUGAGAAUACACGUCUUGACUUUAAAAUAACUUUGAUUUUUUCAUACCUCACAAUUUGUUUUCAAAUCAGAAAAAAUGACUUCGAUUCUCAUCCACUAUUACCUGCAAUUUUCGGUUUAAUUUUGACAACAUCAACCAACUUUCUUUUGACUUCUUAAAAAUUUACAUAUCCUUUUAGUUGUACAUCGAAAAUAAAAUAUUUUUCAGAAAAAAAUAAAAAAAAAUCCAUAAGGAAAAUCCAAUCCAGCAGACUGCUCUGCUGAAAAAUUCAAAGUCCAUAUUCAAGUCUACAAUUCACUUCAAAUGCAUUCAAACUUCCUCAAAAUAUAUUGGACUUCCGCAAUCGCAAGUUUCUUUUUCACAACUUUUAUCAAUGUUUUACUGAUAAUUCUGACAACGAAGUAUAUCAAAAGAAAGUUUGGGAUGUACAAAUAUCUCAUCAUCAUUUUUUCCACUGUGGGUAUACUUUAUGAUCUCUGUGGUUUCUUGAUUUCUCCAGUGAGUGAAUUCUAUAUCCCAGUAAAACAAAUAUAUAUUGUUUCUAGAUGUUGCAUUCUCUCAAUUCCGGAUUUGUAUACUUCAGUCUAGUUCAGUCAACAUUCAUGUCACGUGAACAGAUGCAAAUUAUUCUAGCAAUAUCAGCAAGUAUUUUUUUGUCCUCAACAUCAAUGUUAGCAGUAAUGUUCAUCCAUCGUUAUUUCUCUGUUGCUAAACCUGAGCAAUUAUUUUAUUUCCAAGGAAAACGGUUGACUCUUUGGUUGACUUAUUCCUCAUUUUUUGGAGCCGUUUGCUUCAUCGCUCUUUUUUAUCUCUGUCAAGUUGAUGAUUUUGCAAAACAAUAUUUUAACAAUGAUUUUAUCACAUCAUACGGUUUUGUUAUAGAUGAUUUAGCAGUUUUUCAAUUUGUUAUUUUUGAUACAAAUUAUCGAUGGAAACCAAUUGCUCUUAUACUUUACGUUACUCUAACAAUGGUAAGAAUUUUACAUUAACAUACAAACUUUUUCUAAUUCCAAUUUUUUAGUUCUUUCAAAAUAUAAUCAUUUUUUUCUGUGGCUACAAAAUUUACCGAAAACUCUAUAACCGACAAUUCAAUUAUUCCUCAUCACUUUAUAACUUACAUCAACAAUUUUUCAAAACCUUGGUUCUUCAAGUGGCAAUUCCAACAUUUUUCAUAUUUAUCCCAGUCUUCUUCAUCUUCUAUGCUCCAUUUUUUGGGCUCAAAUUGAGUGUUGCCUCAACAAAUGCAAUGUGCCUCUUUUAUUUAUAUCCAGCAAUUGAUUCUUGUAUUGUGAUGUAUGUUAUAUCGGACUACAAAAAAGCGUUGAAAGGUAUCUAAAGUUGUUGGAUUUUUUUGUUGAUCUUUUAGAUAAUUUUUACAGAUUUUUGCAAUGACAUAGUUUAUUACGUCAAAUGUUAGGCUUCUGUAAAUACCAAGUACAAAAGGAAAUUAGAAAAAUGAGUCUGGUAAAGUUCAAAAUGAUUCUGAGAUUUCUAGAAUAUGAAAAUCUUGCAGAUUUCCUCAACGAAUUUAUUUAUUAUGCCAACUGUCGUCCAGAAAUAA